AUGAUUGAUUUUCUGCCAAAUUGCACGUUUCCGAGCACUUCGCCCAGUGGGUUUGUCAGAGGCCCAAAUAUCCGUUCGACGAUGGACAUCAUCUGGAGCUGUACAAGCAUCAUCAUUAUCUCGACUUGGUCGGUUCUCCACCUUACAGUUCCCCCAGAUAUCAAGCCGAAGUCGAAGCUUCAAGUCCUUAGAAAGGAAUUCUAUUUCUUUGGACGCAAAAUAAGCUGGAUGGGUGUAAUGCUUGCAUUCCCUGAAUACCUCGUCGGCAUCUCCACCACCAAUUUAUUUGCUUCCUGGGUGAACAACCAGCACCUGAAAGAGCUGGCAGAUGCCGAUGAUGUGCCCUGGUCGCUCACACAUACAACACUGGCAAACAUGGGAGGCAUAGCGAUUCGCUUUUCGGACCCCGGUGACCGAGGUGUUUCAGGGGGGCAGUGCCAGCAGUCAUCUGUUCCCGGAGGCCUUGCCUCUACCAAGGAAGCGACUAAUGUGGUUGAGGAACGCAAUCGCGGAAUAUCACCCACGGUCGCGGAGGUUUUGCAGUCUCCACCACAAAUCGAACAGAUGCCUUAUUUUAUAAAGGAAUUCCAGAGAAAUCAAGAACAACACCUCGCAGCGUUAGGCGAGAUUCCCUGGGCACCAUUCAAGCCACACCUGGCUCUCGCUAUCAAUGCCCGCCCGGACACACACGGCCUCUGGCGAAGCACCGAAAAGUACAAGGCCAAGCAUAUUGCGCCGCUGCACGGCAACAUCUGGAUUCUUGAUUCUAAACAGCUGGCCCUAGCGAGAAGGUGCGGCGUUAUUCGAAAGCUGCCAUCCAUCGAGUCGAAUGAGAUCCAGGACAAGAGCAAAAGUGACGGCCUGAUGCGGCUACUGGCAUUGAUCCAAGUACUUUGGCUCGCCAUUCACCUCAUUUCGCGCCGAAUUGCCGACAUCCCUUCCACCCCUCUUGAAAUCAGCACCGUCGCGUUCUCAUCCUGUGCCUUCAUCAUCUACAUGGCGGAGUGGCCAAAGCCCAAGGACGUUGGUAUUCCCUUUUAUUUCGACACUAGCACCACUGUGUCGCCAGCCACUUUUGCAACCAUCGCCAGGGCAGCGCCCAUCAGUUUCCUCCAGACCCGACGCUACUACAUACCCGAAAGCGUGGUCCACCAGGUGGUCGACGGCCGAUUUGAGAAGAAACACAUCGACAGACUCAUGGUUCUUUCCAGCAUCUUGUCCAUUACCGCCUUUGGAGGCAUUCACUUGUUCGCGUGGGGUCUGGAGUUUCCUACCAGUGUGGAGCAACUCCUAUGGAGAAUGUCGGCCUUGACGGUAGCCAUUGCGCCCACCAUCAGCGCGCUGCUCGUUCUGCUGGAGAGCGUCCUUCUUCAACGCACCGACAAGAUGUCCAGGUGGAGCGUGGCAGUGCUUGCCCCGCUAUACUUGGCUUCACGGGUGUACAUUAUGGUGGAGAGUUUCAGGUCUCUUUACUUCCUGCCUCCUCAGGCGUUUGUCUCGACAUGGGCAACGAACGCCCCGCACUUUGACUGA